GGACACGAGAAAAAUAGAUUAUAGUUUGGACUAAGUAACAUUUCUAUUUUUAAAUUUAAGAAGAUUAAACCCUUUUUACUUCUUUGAGAAACAAAAAAUUGAAUGCUACUGAAGAAAUUGCCUCCAGGAUGAGGAUGAGCGUGGGAAAGAGGAGGAUGCUCUACAUCUGGCUCCUGCUCAUCAGCCUCGGCUUAGUUAUGGUUGGGCUCUCUGAUCUAUUUCACCAAGAUCUGAUCCUUAAAAAACCAGGUUCCCUUCCUCAUCUUACCAGAAUACUUAGUCCAGGAGAUUUGGAGAUCCUGGUGGAAUCCCACGCCGCCGCCUCAGAGCUUGGGCUUACAUUGGCUCCAUUCAAAUCCUUUCAAGAGGAGCAGCUGCUGCUGGUGCCAUCCACAAUAAACUCAUCUAAGAGGAGGCAGAAUAAGGAGGCGGUUCUGCAUGGAGCGACAGAGAACACCGCUGGACUCAGACCACAGAGACACAGGGGAAAGGGAGAUGGUGUCCGGCGCUAUCUGGAGGGUUUACAAGGAGAUGGACAGAAAGCUUCCAUGCACCAACAAGGGGUCAGUGAGGGACUCCGAGACAGGAUUUCCCUCCAUCGCAGUCUGCCGGAGAUGCGUCAUCCUGAGUGUUUGGGAGAGCAGUACAGUGAGUCUCUGCCAAAAGCCAGUGUAGUUAUCUGCAUCCAUGACGACUCCUGGGCCGCACUCCUGCGCACCGUGCACAGUGUUCUCGAAACCACACCUCGGGCAUAUCUGCAGGAGGUCCUGGUGGUGGAUGAUCAGAUCCUACAGGGCAGUCAGUGGAGCCCAGCUUUAGGUGGAGAGGUGUUGGCCAUUAACAGAGAGUUUUUCCAAACUCUGGGAGCCUAUGAUCCAAAGAUACUGCAGUGGGGCCCCGGACAAACGGAGUUCUCAAUCAGGGUGUGGUCCUGUGGGGGCUCCAUGGAGGUGGUUCCUUGCUCCCGUGUGGCCCACUUAAUUCGCAAAGAUCUGCAAAGCAAUGUUCCUGACCCUGAUGUUAUUCAGAGAAGCAAGAUCCAAGUUGCUGAUACCUGGAUGGACACUUUUUUUAGGAAGAUCUUCUACCGGAGGGACACGCUUGCUCAUUUCAUCAGGCAGUCUGAGAGGCCGAAUAUCACUGAGCGUCUGCAGCUGAAGAGGACUUUAGGUUGUAGGAGCUUCCGUUGGUUUCUAUCUACAGUCUUUCCUCAGCUCUACAUCCCUCAGGACAGGGCUGGACUGUCAGGCGAGCUAUACAAUGUGGGUACAGGCAGCUGUUUGGAUUAUACCACUGGGGAAGAGCAGCAGGGUGGAGCCAUGAAGAUAGCACCAUGCAGUGGAACAGGCAGCCAGCACUGCGAGCUAAACUCAAAUGGUGAAUUGCGAUGGGGGGCCAUGGGAUCCUUGUGUUCGGAUGUCAAAGGAGACAGGGUGGUCCUCUCUCAAUGCCCUGCUCAACGAUCUACAAAGAGCACACUGCAGUGGAAGUUUAAUAAGGUUACCUUCCAGCUUAUUCACCAAAAGUCUCAGUUGUGUGUAGAGGCUUUGGAAGAUGGAGGAACUGGUACCACGCCCAGUUUAGGAGGUGUGUUUCUUCGGCAGUGUUCAUAUCAUCCCAGACAACAGUGGCACUUUGAGCAACCUGUCGCUCCUUAAGGGAACCGAGGCACAAAGUCCAGGAGGUUCUCCAUGUGUAGAAGAUGUUAAACCUUGACACACCUGCCUGCAUUGGUGUACUGUGAAUGUUAAAAGCUGCAAGUAUUUUAAUACCUCUCUACAUCACUUUUAU